UUCUCUCUCUCUCUCUCUCUCUCUCUCUCUCUCUCUCUCUCUCUCUCUCUCUGUGCAGUCGCUGCUUCUAAUUUGUGAGAAAAAAUGGCAAACACAUUGGGAAGAAACCUAAAUCUCUGCUUCACAAAGAUCCGACGGCCACCAAUGGGUACAACCCUAGAUGACGACGCUCACGGCCGUCCAUUACCAACCGCCACCGCAUCCACAUCCACGUCAUCAACGUCCAUGAUUAAGAACUUUAACUCCCUCUACGAUGACCAGUCCACGUCCACCUCAAAAUCCCUCAGCUCCUCCCUCCUCUCCACCUCCAACGACUACUCCGACACAGAGGCCCCCGCUCCCGACUUUGCUACCGCCUUUGCCUCCCGACGCUUCUUCUUCUCCUCUCCCGGCCGAUCCAACUCCAUAGUUGACCAAUCAUCAUUCGUCGCCACGUCAUCCUCGUCCAAAACAUCAGCCUCCGAGCCCGAAGACCGCACGCUCUUCAUCAACCACAGCGUGGCGAUCCCCACAUUCUCCCCGGAUCCCUACCGCGACUUCCGUCUGUCCAUGCAGGAGAUGGUGGAGGCGCGUGAGAGAACGCCAGACUCGGAGGACGUGAAGAAGAAAUCCAACUGGGAGUUUUUGCAUGAGCUCCUCCUGUGCUAUCUUGCACUGAACCCUAAGAGCACCCACAAGUUUAUUAUCGGCGCUUUCGCUGAUCUUCUUGUCAGCCUCAUGCCGUCUCCCGCCGGAGGCUCCCGCAUUGAAUUAGAACCGGAGUUCACGGCCGGCGUUUGUGAGAUUUCACGGUGCAUCUAGUUAGUAAUUAGACGUUUAUAAUAUUGACGUCAAUAUUUGUCAAUAUUUGUUCAUAUGUAUGUAUGUAUAAUAUUUAAUUAAGUCGAUCGGUCCAUCUUUUUGUUUGGAUUCAAGCACAUCGACAAAUCUUAUGGUAUCUUGUCCCUCAUCUUCUUCUUCUCCAGUAUCUGGUCCUUGUCCUUGUUUCGUGGCUUAGCUGUUUUUCAGCUCUAUAUAAUAUACAUGACGAGUUGUAAAAUUUUAAUAAAAAAUAGAACUGAAGCUUUUUAGAGGCGGAUGCA